UAGUUUUAAUUUGAACUAGGAGAUUAGUUUGUCUUCCGAGUCCGACGAGGCGAGGAGAGUUAAAGGGAUUAGAUCGCUACUCUUGCAUAUUUGUAUUAUCACUCCCUUCCCUAAACAGAGUUCGUUAAGGAUAGAAGGGACCAGAUACAUUUAUGACAAGGAUCAUUUAUUUGUAACUAGAUACGUUGGCCUUCAAUUCCCGUUUCAGAUCACGAGAAAAGUUUGAGAAGACCGGCUGGCCGAAUAAAACAGGGAGGGACAUGGCCCAGGAAACCAACCAGAGCCAGGGGCCCAUGCUCUGCACCACCGGCUGCGGUUUCUACGCCAACCCGCGGAACAACGGCAUGUGUUCUGUGUGCUACAAAGACUUCCUCCAGAGGCAAAAUGGGCGGGGUGGUCCACCAGAUUCGUCCUCGGCCGCCAGCAGUACAGUAGAUUCGUUUCUAUCACAGAGCCAGACCGUCAGUAUACCCUCGCCUGUCGCCGCAGCGCACGCAGACCCGCAAUCUGGACAGAGCAGUAACGUAACCACAACCUGCAACGCCCCCUCGGAAGAGGACGAUAGCAGCCCGGCGGCUAAAGCCAUCCCCGAUACGGACGACGUAAUCAGUACAACGUCAGAAGGCUCCGCCCCCGCAGCUGAGGACGGCGAGGAGAAGCCCCCCCCCAAGAGGAACCGCUGCCACCACUGCCGCAAGAAGGUGGGCCUUACAGGCUUCGACUGCCGGUGUGGACACGUGUUCUGCGGCGCGCACCGCUACUCGGACCUGCACGGCUGCACCUUCGACUACCGCGCGGACGCCGCGGCCAAGAUCAAGAAGGAGAACCCGGUGGUCGUUGCGGAGAAGGUCCAGAAGAUCUAAGCGCGAGCAACACACCAGGGGGGGCGGGGCCGAUGACUGUUUUUGGGUGAUCAACGAAGUUUUUUUUCUCCCCCCCGUUCUUUUUUUGCAACCCUACCGGUUGACCUUGUGGGCCUUAAAGCAUACAUACCACUCAAAAGUUGUCUGAGUUAUUUUGAUUUGCCCUGUAUAUGUGAUUGAGGUUUGCUUGUGUUCAAAUAUUAGAAUUUAAGAAUGUUGGAAAAAGUCUAGAAACAAAUGUUUGGUUGUAAAAGAGAAAAUGGGGUGACUUGGGCUACACAAAGUUUCCAAAUGUUUUUAAAGGCUGCAUGGAAACCCAUCGAAAGUCUUUUUGGAAUAAUUUGUACAGCGUGAAUACAUGAUUAAUUACCAAAUGUACAGUAAAAAUACACAAUCCUUUUUUGUUUUACAGGAUUUUUAAGAAAAGUGCAUCAGGCCCGUUACUGCUGCCUGAUUAACUAAUCGAUUUUGUAUAGUUUAUUUGAUUUUAGUGUUCUGUUGAGGGUGUUUAUUAUGCAUAUUAAUAUGAAUGAUUAACAGUUUGUAUGGUCGCUGUUGAGGGUUCUUAAAUUAAGUAUAUAGCUCGUGUAUUGGUGCACUAAAAUUACCAGGAUUUUCUCAUGCUGUAUUUAUGUUUCUUUUAACUGGUUUUAGUUAUGAUUAAAAUAAAAAUGUAGUCUUCUUUCACUUCCAA